AUGAGUGAAUUGGAUUUGUUCUCCAUACCUUCAGGGCUGAGUCUGAUUUUCAUUUUUAUUUUUAUUUUAAAUAUUAAGCUCACUCUGACUAAGAGUUUCAAGAGACAUUCUCCUCCAGGACCAAGGCCUUUGCCAGUCAUUGGAAACCUGCACAUACUCAAUCUGAAGAGGCCUUAUCAAACCAUGCUAAAGCUCUCCCAAAAAUAUGGCUCCAUCUUCAGCUUGAGGAUGGGUCCCAAGAAGGUGGUCGUGCUGUCAGGAUAUGAGACGGUGAAAGAUGCCCUAGUGAACUACUCUGAGGAGUUUGGAGAAAGGGCCCAUGUGCCUAUUUUUGAAAAAAUUUUUGAAGGAAAAGGAAUCGUCUUUUCUCAUGGCGAAAACUGGAAAAUCAUUAGGAGAUUCAGCUUGACAACUCUGAGGAACUUUGGCAUGGGCAAGAGGCCCAUAGAGGAGAGGAUUGUGGAAGAAUGUCAAUAUCUAAUACAAGUCUUUGAAUCCCAUCAAGGAAAGCCAUUUGAUAUCAGUACAAUAAUGAAUGCUUCUGUCACUAACAUCAUUGUGUCGAUAUUGCUUGGCAAGCGAUUUGACUACCAAGAUCCUCAAUUCCUGAGACUUUUACAUUUGAUUAGUGAAAAUUUGAGACUUGCAGGGAGUCCUGGCAUUACGCUUUUCAAUAUGUUCCCAGCCUUGGGGUUUCUUCUACAAGAUCACAAAACAGUACUCAGGAAUAGAGAUGAAUUAUUUUCUUUUAUAAGAAUGACAUUCUUAAGCCACCUUCAAAAACUGGAUAAAGAUGAUCAAAGAAGUUUCAUCGAUGCCUUUCUUAUCAGACAACAGGAGGAGAAAGACAAACCUUAUGACUACUUCAGCAACGAUAACUUGGUGGCCCUUGUUAAUAACCUGUUUGCUGCUGGAACAGAGACCACCUCCUCUACCCUAUGCUGGGGAAUUCUGCUCAUGAUGAAGUAUCCUGAGAUCCAAAAAAAGGUACACAACGAGAUCACCAAAGUUGUAGCACCAGCCCAGCCUCAAACUGAGCACCAAACUCAAAUGCCAUAUACAGAUGCCGUCAUCCAUGAAAUUCAGAGAUUUUCCAACAUUCUGCCAAUGAGUGUAUCCCGGGAAACUACCACGGAUGUCAUCUUUAAAAACUAUUACAUCCCAAAGGGAACUGAGACCAUUAUCUUGUUAACUUCAGUACUUCAAGACCAAACCCAGUGGGAAAAACCUUACACCUUCAAUCCCCAGCAUUUCCUCAACAAGGAAGGAAAAUUUGUCAAGCGAGAUGCAUUCUUGCCCUUUUCAGCAGGUCAGAGGAUGUGUGCAGGAGAGUCCCUAGCCAAAAUGGAAUUGUUUCUGUUUUUUACCAGCCUUCUUCAGAAAUUCACCUUCCACCCACCUCCUGGUGUUUCUAAUAUGGAUCUGGAUCUGACCCCAGACAUUGGAUUCACAUCACGGCCAAUGCCCCACAAGAUCUGUGCUCUGCCAUAUUCCUAGAAGUCUUUCUUGGGCUCCUUCACCUGGACUCCUAUGCUUCUUUUUUUCCUCUCUGGCACUGAUUUCCUUUCUUCUGCUCAAGCUUUACCAACCACAUGUGGUAGGUCCUAUGACUGCCCUAAUCUCAUUUGCUUAAGGGAUCAUUCUGGUCUAAGCAGAGAUCCUUUUGGCCUACCAGCAGAACUUUCUCAACUAGUCAUCCCAUUCUACCUGUUGUAGAACAGCAAUUUUCUGAUGCCCUUGUCUCCAGGGUUGAAGAAAAAGAGCCAAAGCAGUAAGUGCUGAUGCCCAGGGCUUUUGAUACAGCUGGUCAAGAAGCCACUUAUUGCUUCAGAUUUUUUUUUUCAUCAAAGAUGGAAGUUUCAAGUUACUCCCAAACAUCAGGAAAGCUUCCUGUAAUCAGCCACUUAAGUGGUCAGCACAAAGAUAAUUGGACCACACUCUGCCCUUGGUAGACCC